CCUCUACACACUUUUGCGCAGGCGUCCUUUGGUUUUGGGCGGUGCGCGGAGGAAUGGGUGGGACUAAGCCCGUUGAGCGCGCAGAAUGCUAGCGUUGGGGGUAGUCCAAGAUGGCGGCGGCCGUGUACCGUGCUUCUCUCCGGUGCUGGAGGACUGGCAGCAGUUGGGGCUGCGGACUGCGGCAGCUGAGCCAAACGCAGGGGCCUCCUGAUUACCGGGGCUUUGUGGAGUCCACAGAUGAGUUCCAGUUCGUGGACCGCCUAUUACCCCCCACCGGGAUCCCAAAGCCACCAAAGCAUGAACAUUAUCCCACUCCUAGUGGCUGGCAGCCUCCCAGAGAUCCCCCACCCAACCUGCCCUACAUCGUGAGACGCUCCCGAAUGCACAACCUCCCUGUCUACAAAGACAUUACACAUGGCAACCGCCACAUGACUGUGAUCCGGAAAGUGGAGGGCGAUAUCUGGGCCCUGCAGAAGGACGUGGAAGAGUUUUUGAGCUCACUACUGGGGAAGACGCCUGUCACCCAAGUUAAUGAGGUGACAGGUACCUUGCGGGUCAAGGGCUACUUUGAUGAGCAGCUCAAAGCCUGGCUCCUCGAAAAGGGCUUCUGAGGUCUACUGAGCAGCCUGCGUGGACAGAUGAGCCCAGGGUACCUUGGGAGGAAGGAAGUGGGUAUUGGAGCCCCGGGGAAGGAUACAGUGACCAUGGUUGAGGGUUUGGGCAGGUUAGAGUAAAGGCUAACUGGAGUUAGAUCAUGUGUAAAGGGGAAAUGGGCCCCAGUGUAUAGUCCAUUUGGGGAGAGCUGCCCAGCGUGGGAGACCCAGCCAAGGUAGUAGCGGGGCAUUAACUGCUGUGCUUCCUGUCAGUGUGGCCUGCUCAGGGAUGGGAGGACCUUGGGUUUAUUCAAAUCUAGAGGAUAUCCUAGAAGCAAAGGCCCAGCCUGGUAAGGGGAGGGUUCCUCCUCCCUGAGACCUUGCUCUAGGCCAAACCUGGCUUGGAAGAGAUUCUAACACAAUGACUCAGGGAAGAGCCUGAGUGCCAAGUGCAGUGCUGGGCACUGGAGUAGAGUGCCACGGUGACAGCCUCACUGAGAGGGAAGUGGCCUCUUAGCUUCCUGUGUCACAGCAAGCCACACUGGGUGCUUCUCUAGCUUCAGGAGUUAAGGGAUUAGCGCUGGCUGGCCUGGCCACAAGGGGGAACUGGGGGCUCCUUGAAGCCCUUGGGCUGAGCCUUCCCACGUAGGGGGCCUGAUAUGGUAGAGGCUUGAUGGGUCAUUUCGGCCUUGGCCAAGUAGCCUGAACACUUGCCCACCCUGGAGCACGAUCACUAAAGGCCCCACCCCACUGUACAACUGGCCCAGACGGCAUUCAGAUCCUGGCUGCCCUGCUUAAUCUCUGACCCAAGAUGGGGUACUAAGCCUCUCUGAGACUGUUUCUCACUAUGAAAAAUGGCUGCUUUCCUACUUGCUUAAUAAUCAACCAUGUCCUCACUCCUGGAGAUUCUAGGCCAUUUGCAGACCCACAGCCUAUGCCAGGAAGAGGCACUGGACCCUGAUCCGACACAAGCCCAAUUGUUAAUGCAAGUUUUUAUUUGGCUGUAUAUACAAUUUAAGCUAUUAAAAUUUGUACAGUAUUUACAAAUUAAAUAAUCAUCUGAAA